GUGGUCUGUUGAAUUCAAACUAUCUGUGUUAUCAUGUCUAAAUUAUAUCUCCGUGAGUCUCGGAUGCCCUGGAGUUCCUUGCACCUGAGUUUUGCCAGACCAGUUAGCAAAACUCCCGAGUUCUGCCAACAACAUUGCAAGUCGUUAAACACCAGUACCAGUGCUCGUGCAUGCGGAACGACUAUCCUACUUCGUCUACAAUGAUCUGGGAGACUACAUGACCCAUAUGUAGAACUUCUAAAAUCCGAGGAAGUCCGAGGUGGUAUCACUGAAACAACUCCAACAAACGGUGCACCAUAACAACCACGCUGCCAGAAAUACGUUCUCCGACUCACAUUGGUUGCUAAUUUUUCGCUAAACACGGACACCGUGCACAACUGACGGAAACUGCAUCAACGAAAUUCUGAUUGCCCUGCUCAGAAAUCUCCCUAGCAAUGCCAGGAGGUCCACACAGUUAUGGCCUCCUAAUGAGCUCAGUGUCAUAUUUUUUGUCCAGCUGCUGAUUGGUUGCUUCUCAGGCUGUCAUUGCAUCAUUGCCUAGCCCAUCAUCUCACAGCUCUCACUGAUGGCCUAUCGGAGGUGCCUAUUCUCAUGGCUAAUGCAUCACCAUGAGAUCUGGUGGGAUCCUUUCGC